AUGCCUCGACGAUUCAUAGUGGUCCGCCACGGCCAGCGCCUGGACGAGGUAGACAGCACCUUCGCGGAGAGCGCGGCCGCUCCGUGGGACCCGCCGCUGACAGAGCACGCGCAGGUGCAGUGCCGUGAGGCGUCGCAGAGGCUGCGGGACGCUGGGUUCGACAAGAUAGACCGCCUCGUGUCCAGCCCGCUGCUGCGGUGCCUGCAAACGUCCCAUGCGGUCCUCAGGGAGCACGGCGCGCUCCCGCUGGACAAGAUGUGCGUCCACAUGGGGCUCGCCGAGCACCUCAAUGCACGAAAUACGCGAAUGGUCGGACGGGAGGAUGAUCCCGCGCUGCGAGAUCCACAGGACUGGCUCUUCGGCCCGGGGGGGUUCGACGGGCGCGCGGUCGAGUUCUCCGACGCGUUCAAGGACGCCGUGAUCGGGUUCGUGGGGGAGCUACCAGAGUUCCCUGAGUCAGUGGGGGACUCCUGCGUGCGGUAUGAGCGCACGCUGCGCGACCUGGCGACGGGACCCGAGGCCAUCCCCGAGGAUGCCACCGCUCUGUGCGUCACGCACGGGCAGGCCGUGACAGCGAUCUACCAGAUGAUCAAGCCCGACAUGAUGGUGUACCAGUGCGACCAUCUCGCCUACGUCGCCCUGGAGUGGACCGGCGGCCCCGACGACGACGCUUCCACCGCGCCGAGCACAGACGCCGCCGAAGGCGUCGACUCCGGCUCUGAGGACCCGCGCACGAAGCAGCCGCCGCGCGGCUGGCGCUUCUUGGGCUCCUGGGGCGUGCACGCGAUGCCAGACCCGGACCUUGUUGCUGACGACGACGAUGAGCCAAGCGCCCCCGCGAUGGAGCCUGGCGGCGGCUGGGACGCAGAGCAGGCUGACGGGGACGAAGGCAGGGGUGCGGGGCGUCCUGCGGCGGCGAGGUCGUCUGAGUCUGAGCUCGGAGGGGACGCGGAGGGUGCGCUGCGGUCAGGGGGGGGGUCUGAGCGGGACGAGGAGGCGGGAGGGUGA